CUAAGCCGACCGAGAGCUUAUGUGGGUGGGUUUUCUCUCCGAGACUGUCAAUGGUGUUCCCGGUUGUACAAUAUCCUGUUACCCGAUUGCAUUGCUUGGUUGGAGGCAAAUGGAACUAUGAAUGAAGUAAUGAAUUCCUGAGUUUGUCUCUGGCUUUCGGUCAACAACCGAUGUCUGCAUGAACCGAUGGCAGCAUGAACCGAUGUCUGCAUGACUGGGUUGUCGUGGACUUUUUGAUAUUCGGCCAGAAUCAGCCCGAACCAGACGUAAGCGGCUACUUACUUGUUGGUCCCUGUUCAUUUCAGCCUCAAAAACCGAGGGGCUGCCAAGAAAAAAUAAUAUAAACACGAAGGGACAGAGGUGGACGGUACGGUGGUUAUCCUACCUAAAGAGUAUAAAGACGAGGCAAUUCCCCCAAGCUAAGAGACAUGACCUUCUCCCACCCACCUCUGCCGUCCAGCGACGGCCUCCGCAUCCUGACCCUCUCGCCGGGCGAUUUUUGGGAUCCGUUGGAAGCCACCUUGGAAUCGGUCCCCUUCUCCAAAAAACCAAAGUACAUCGCCCUAUCAUACACAUGGGCCAACCCGGACGAUGAUCAUGCCAAGAUCUCCGCAGCGUUGGACGCUACUCCGGCGGCACCACCACCACCAGACCCAUCCGGGGCAGCAACAGCCCCGCCGCCGCCGCCGCCGCCGCCGGCCGCACCACAACUCGUCCUCGGCCCCAGCGGCCAGCAGCUCCCGCUUCUCCACAACGCCGCGCUAGCCCUACGGUUCCUGCGCUCGCCAACGCACCCGCUGCCGCUGUGGCUGGACGCCGUGUGCAUCGACCAGCGCAGCAUCCCCGAGCGCAACGCCCAGGUCGCCCUCAUGGGCUUCAUCUUCACGCGCGCCGCCGCCGUCAUCGGCUGGCUAGGCAUGCCGGACAUGACGACCGACUUCGUUCUAGAGACGUUGGCCGAGGGGAGACGCCGACUGCGCAGCAAGUUGACGGCGGUGUGGGAGGCAGGGCUGGCGCGGAAGAUCGCAGCGAGGUUUGCGGGCGGCGGCUCAGCAGAAGACGACCUGUUCAAAUUCGCGCACCCCCUCGUCGCCCCGGACGCGGAGCGGACGCACCCGGUCUGGUGCGCCGUCUCCUCCUCGGGCGCCGUGGUGCCGCGGCAGCUGCAGGCGAACCGCUACUGGGGGCGCCUGUGGGUCGUGCAGGAGGUGUGCCUGCCGCGCAACCUGGCCUUCGUUCUCGGCGGAGAGGUCUGGCCUGAGGCGGCGGUGCGCCAGAUGCUGGCGCGGGCGGACCGCGUGUCGGGCCGCGUCAUCCCGGUGGGGCAGACCGACAUGCAGCGCCUGCUGGCGGCGCGGCAGGACCGCUUUACCGACGCCAUGCGGCUCGAGGCGCUGGUGGAGCGGUUCUUGGAUAGCGGCUGUGCCGAUACCCGUGACCGGGUCUUUGGGCUUGUCGGUCUCUCCAACGAUGUCGAUACCUUCGCGCUGGCGGGGCAGGGCGCCCAGCAGGGAUCUCGGGGUCUGUUGCCUAGCCCGGCGACGGAGAAGAGGGGGAGGGCCCUCUUGGAGAUCGACUACAAGCGGACUUUCUACAAUAUCUGGCGCGACGUGGUCUCAUACAUGUAUUAUCGAGCGAAGCCCAAGCUUGACUUUGGCAAGGGGGUCGAAGAGAUGGAGGACGAGCGUCGCGUGCGCCUCGUGCGUUUUGCAGGAGUCGUGCAGAAGGCGUUCGAUGGCAGAGUGGAGGACGAGCUUCGGGGAGGUGGUGAUAGCAAUGACCCGAAUAGGGUGAUGCUCAAGGCCAAGGGUUAUGUCGCUGGGACGGUCGUCCACUUGGGACCGUCAUACAGCGACUUUGUAGGUUCUUAUCGUGAACAGCAACUCUGGAUCGGGAGUUGGGACAUGCACUAUGAGGCCAUAGCAGACCUUGAGAAGCUACGCCAGAUGGAGGAGCAAUACUCGGCCAAGGUAAUCGACUACACGGACACAGAUGUCUCUCGCAUCUGCGGCAUCAACAGCGCCGAGGCUGUAGCUUGGUCAAUUCUGCAGGAGGAGCCACCGUCACCGCCGUCACCGACAUUGCCCGGCCCCCCGGGCACGCCACCACCGCACAGCGACCCCGUCCGCUUCCUCGGAACCGACCUCUGUCUAGGAAUCGCCCCACCAGAAGCGCGCCAGGGGGACCUUAUCAUCCGCUUCUGGAACUGCGACGCGGCAAUCAUCGUGCGCCGUAAACCCCCUACCUCGGAAGAUGCGUCCGGGGAGUACUACGAGCUAGUCGGGCGGGCCGACGUCGCAGAGCCGUAUCAGCGGCGAGGAGACGUGGGAGACAGCCAGGCCAAGGAUGCCAUGAGGGUGAUUGGUGGCGACUGCCCCGGGAGAAAGUCGAAGGCUGACAAGACCAGGGCCGUGUACGUCCGGGUGGAUUUCGAAACGCUGCAGAAGAUGUCUGCCGCGAUUACAAUUUGAGUGCUCGGGCAAUGCUCAGGGAUUUCAGCUGCCGCAACUGGUGACCGUGCUGAACUGAAAUGGAGAUACCGCACACACCGAGUAAGCAGUGAUGGUGUCACGCAGGGGUGACUCUAGCAGUUCGGAAAAUAACCCAGCUGAGAACGCUGUCCUCGUUUCUGUGACACCCGACGCUUUCCACUCCAAGCU